AUGACAGAACAUUGUGUGAAACUGCAGGACGAUGCCAUGAAGUAUAACAGAGGAACUGCAAAGCAUGAGGACUAUCAUUCAGAUAUAGAAAACAUGGAGGAGCGGCAGAGGUAUGAGCGGAUGGUCAACGAGCCUGUGCGGGCCAUGGAUCCGGAGCAACAGGAGAUGUCGGGCAGGAGGAAACCAGUAUUAAUCAGAUCAAAGACCUUUGACCACUCUCUGCUGACUCAGGUUCAGACAGAAUCAGACCCAAAGAUAGAGAGGAAGAAGUCUCACUACAGCCAGCUUUCAAAGAGCAACUGCCAGUAUCAUAAAAUAUUUAAGGAGAUCAGCAAAGAGGAACAGCUCAGACAGAGUUACACCUGCGCUCUGCAGAAAGACAUCCUCUACCAGGGACGCAUGUUUGUCUCUGACCACUGGAUCUGCUUCCACUCCAAGGUGUUUGGCAAAGACACAAAGAUCGCCAUCCCAGUGAUGUCCGUCACGCACUUCAAGAAGACCAAAACGGCCAUCCUGCUGCCAAACGCCCUGGUGAUCGCCACCGCUAACGACAGGUACCUCUUCGUGUCCUUCCUGUCCAGAGACAACACCUACAAGUUCUUGAUGUCCAUCUGCUUUCAUCUGGAGGAGAAGAGUCCAUGCAGCAGCCCCGUCCCCUGCUCAGCUGAGAACAGCUUCAGAGGUCAGAGGUCACCUCUGCAGCCUCGCUUCCCUCUGAAUUUUCCAGGUGACUUCUGUGAUCUGGACGUAGCAGUGAGACAGAGGAGGCAGGAGAUGGAGGAGAGCAGCAGCUCGGACUCCCAGACCCCCGACUACGACAAGAUAGCAGAGUUUCCUGUUCCUCCGUUUCUGGAUGUGGUGAAGCGCACAGACAGUGCAGCUCCUCCUGAACAUAAAGACUAUCAGCACAAAGUGAAGAACCAGCACCAGAACAAGCAGAGCCCAGACACCCAGCAGCACCACACACACCACACUGGCAAAGAGCUGGCGAUUGACAGCAGAACUGUGAAACCAGUGUCCCUCAACGCACUGCUGUUUGUCUACCUGCUACUAGUGUGUGUCCUGGUCUUGUCUUCCUGUUACCUGGCCUUUAAGAUUGUCGCGUUGGAGCAGAGACUGACGAAACUCGGCUCCAUCUCCGAGUUCACGCACCAGGAACAUGACUUUUUGCGGGGCAGUGACGUGAACACAGAGCUUUUCUCUGAACUACUGACCAUCAACCUGAUGAAGCUGGAGAAGGUGCAGAAGAACCUGCAGAGACUGCUGGACGAAGCUGCCUGA